ACGCUUGCAUGUCUUCCUGAUGUAGGCUAAAUAAAUUGUGUAGCAAGUGACAGUUUUUAAAAUGGGAUUUUAUUUUCUUCUUGCACUGAUUCUUAAGUGUACAUUUAUAUUGUGUUCUGUAACCCCGGACCAUUUGACCAGCCAAAAUACUGCACGGACUGUAUUCGCUCUUCAAGAGCCAGUGGUCAUUUUCAUGUUUGAGGAAGUAGAGGUAAAAGUUAACUAUAGUUUACCCUGUGCGGACAGUUAUGUAAGCAUAUACAUAGAACAUCUUAAGGAAAAUGACAUCUUUAACGUUUUAAGUAAUAGCACGGUAACUAUUCCUUGUGAUGCUAAUGGAGAUACUUCUACACUCGGAAAUGGAAGAAAUAAAACGUUGUCUAUUGAUGGCGUGCUUACUCUGCGACUGAGGAGCACUGUGAUCGGUCUGUCAAGACUUGGACUGGUAAUUAGAGGCCAAGGUUCGAAUAUACUGCAAGAUGAUGAAGGCGGAGGUAUCAUGAUGUACAACAGCAGCUUUGAGCCACAACCCGGGGUCCGCAUUGAUGCCAACGGCGGUGCAGUCACCCACUGGUUUCCGGUGACGGUGUUACGCAAGAUGAGGCCAGUAGACCACAUAUUCCUCUACGUUUUGGGAUUUAUGGUUAUAUUACUGACCAUGGGAUUCGGGUGCAAGCUGGACAUGGGCGUGGUCAAAGAGUGCCUGAGACGACCGGUGGCCCCCGGGAUCGGGUUUGGAUGCCAGUAUUUACUCAUGCCAUUGAUCGGGUACGGGGUGGCGCGGCUGGUGCCCUUGGGUGACAAGUCCGUGUCCCUGGGAGUAUUUCUUUGCGGUGUGUGCCCGGGAGGCGGGCUGUCCAACAUAUACACAUACCUGCUCGACGGGGACGUCUCACUCUCUAUAACCAUGACGUUCGUCAGCUCCGUCGCAUCCAUAGGCAUGAUGCCCCUGUGGAUCUACACUCUAGGGUCGACCCUGGUAGAUGACAGCUCGGACAUCCGCAUUCCCUACUUGAACAUUCUACAGGUUAUUGCUUCCGUUGUUAUUCCGCUGUUUAUCGGCAUCUUCAUCAAGUACAAGUUCACAAAGGUCGCACUCUUCAUCAUUAAAGUGCUCAAGCCGACCACGCUCGUCUGUAUCAUAGUAUUCCUUAUUGUCGGCAUUUGGUCAAACCUCUACAUCUUCAAGAUGUUCCGCCCCGUCCACGUCCUCGCCGGAUGCCUGCUGCCAUAUUUCGGCUAUUUACUUGGAGGCGUUAUUGCCGUAAUUUUACGGCAACCGAAAGCGCGCGUGGUCACGAUCGCGUUGGAGACCGGAAUGCAGAAUAUCGGUAUCGCAAUGCUCGUGCUGCUGCUCUCAUUUCCUCCGCCACUUGGGGACAUCGCCACCGUCGCGCCUUUGUCGUCCGCCAUGAUGACACCAAUCCCACCUUUCGUCGUUACUAUUGUUUACAAUGUGUACGUGAAAUUCUUCAAGAAGUAUGAACCUGUGAACGUCAAUGAUGAAAAAAUAGACGUCCAAUCUAAGAAUAUUGUCGAGAAAUUGAGUUCUGUUUGAACUUUGAACCAUUCCACCAGUUAAAUGUAAAUAUGCAAAAAUCAGAGCACUUAGUUUGUCCAUCGGCGGACACCCACGAUAUACACUACGCAAUGCUUCGUUGUGUGAAGCGUAACGGAAAAAGUACCGUGGUUGCCGACGAUGAAUUGGUGGAAAAAAAUUCAUUAAACUUUGAGUUUCCCACUCAGAAUCAAUGACAUCUUUCAGAACAGUUUACUUUCUCAAUGAUUAACGGAAAAGAAUUCACAAUUCAAUCAACUUUGCAAACCCCAUUCGAAGAGAUAUUGCUUGUGUUAUAAUGCUAUACACAUGUAAUUCAAGCUUACUAAUCAUUCAUUUUCUAAUUGCGUUUACAUUACACGUUUCUCCAGAACGAAUAUAUUCUGCCAUAUUUUCGAUUCAUUUGAACUGCCCUCCUUUCAUGCUGUUGUUCUUACUCAUGCGCAAUAUUGAACAUCCUUUACUCGUUCGCGCUUCUACGGAAAUUAGCAAAAUCGGCCCGAGCGGUUCGUAGUGUUUGAACCCACAAAAAACGAAGCAAUCCUUACAAUAUUCUGGGGGAGGGGGUAGAUUUGUUUUUUAAAAUAUAAGCUAGUUCAGCUACGUUUAAGGAGAGAAUUAUGUUAUGUGUUGAAAAGAACAGCGGAUAAUCGAAGCGCCGUUUUUCAAUCGGUCGAAUGGCGUCACACCUGUCCAACUUACGUGAACUUGGUGACUGUUGUUUGCACGGAUAUGUGAACAUGUUGACUAUUUUGGCACGGGUACGUGAACUUGGUGACUGUUGUUUGCACGUGUACGUGUACAUAUUGACUAUUUUUGCACGUGUACAUGGACUUGGUGACUGUUGUUUGCACGGGUAUGUGAACAUGCUGUUUGCACAGAUACGUGUACGUGGUGGCUAUGCUGCACGGGUACAUGUACGUGAAGAAAAUUGCUUACACCUGUAUGUUGUGGCUAUGCUUCACGGGUACUUGUAGAAAAUUGCUUAAACGGGUGAGUGGUGGCUAUGCUGCACGGGUACAUAUACGUGUAGAAAAUUGUUUUCACGUGUUUGUGGUGGCUGCUGCACGGAUACAUGUACAUGUAGGAAAUUGUUUACACGGGUAAGUGGUGGCUAUGUUUUCAAGGGUACGUGUUCGUGUAGAAAAUUGUCUACACGUUUACGUGGUUGCUAUGCUGCACCGGUACAUGUACGUGUUGCAUAUUGAUUGCAUGGGUAUAUGUAUUUGGUGACUGUUUACACGGGUACGUCUUCGUGUCGGCUGUUCUUUGCACGGGUACGUGUAAUUGUUGAAUAGUGUUUACAUUGGUACGAAAAAAUGUGUUUGGGAUUUAAAUAGGGUGAUCGCAACCACAACGUUAUUAUAAGUCUUACACUCAAAUGCUUCAGAAUCUCAGUGAAAAGGGCAAUUAUGUUGUUAAGUUCUUAUUGAGCUACCUUUGGUUGAUGCGAUGAUCCAACCACAUUUUAUUGACAUAUGGCAGUGCUGCAUUUUUUGUCUAUUGCAGUUCAUAUAUCGGUAAUAAUUGCUUCAUAAUAGUGGAUAAUAUUAACCAGGAGAUCAAUUGGCUAACACUUUGACAAUGCCAACUCAUUUGUCACAUUUCUGUAAAAGCUCUUGUUAUUGACAAUAACAGUGUCAAGAUGUAUAUACAUGUUUCUGUUUAUGGCUAUUUUAGAAUACUGUCACAUUGAUAGUUGUACAUGUUUUGCCUUGUCGUUGUCGAUGACGUUGGAGCCGUUGUGCAAUAAAAUGUUAACUUGGCCAUAACUACACUACAGUUAAAAACAAUGCGCAAACGUCAAAAGGAGGCCUAUACCAUUGGCGCCGGAUUUUUAAACUAAUUUUUUUUAAUAAAAAAUAUCUUAUAAUUCAAAACUAAAAAUAAAAUAAAAUAAAACAAAGUGCAUAUUUAUGAAAGAAAUAUUUUUCAAUAAUUUUUAACAUUUUUAGCUUUGUAUUUUGGAAUUAUAACAUUUCUUUAUUUUAUUUUAUAAAAUGACUGGAAAUCCGGUGCCAGUGGCAUAUACAGCUUGCGUUAAAAAAUGUAGGGUUAUGCUUCGACUGAAAAACUUGUUCUUCACGAUACACUUCCAUUUCCCGACCGUGCUUGGUGGAUGGCAUACCAGUUUUCGCUGAAUGUUUCGUUUACAAUAUUCAUUAACUUUGACUUUAUUGAAUGUCAACAUGAUAUCUCAGACAAGCUUGAUAUAUUUCGCGAUUUCAUUUCGUCACACCCGAGUUGUGGCCCUUGUUUUGACAUUGCCAGCUUCUAAUUUAAAGUGGUCUCAUUCAUUCUAUACCAAUAGUGAUACGAGUAAAUCAGUAAAAUGGAUUCAGGCACAAAGUUUAAUUUAUAGUAUAUCAAUUUCACGUCCCACUCUGCACAGACCAUGAAUGUUUCGCAGGGCAGUUUAAGACCACACCUAUCCACCCUAAUGGCUCGAACCUUUGAAAUAAAGUAAUGAUGUAGACAAUAAAUGUGUUGUUACCAGGAUCGAAGUUUAUAAUUCCAUUCAGCAUAUAACAUAUCAAUAAUGAAACGUUAUUAUUUACA